AUGGCCACCUCCAAAAAGAAGACUAGGAAGUUAAGAGGGCAUGUCAGUCAUGGACAUGGUCGUAUCGGCAAACACCGUAAGCAUCCUGGUGGUCGCGGUAACGCUGGUGGUGAACAUCAUCACAGAAUUAACAUGGACAAGUACCACCCAGGUUACUAUGGAAAGCUUGGUAUGAGGAACUUUCACUUAAGAAGAAACAAAAUAUUCUGUCCUGUUUUAAAUUUGGACAAACUUUGGACACUUGUAUCUGAACAGUCCAGACUCAAGUAUGCUAAUGCUACAGAUGGAAAAGUUCCAGUCAUCAACAUUGUUAAAGCUGGUUACUACAAGCUUCUAGGCAAGGGCAAUCUUCCCAAGCAGCCAGUCAUAGUUAAGGCCAAGUUCUUUUCCAAGACUGCUGAAAAGAAGAUCAAAUCUGUUGGUGGAGUCUGUGUAUUGUCAGCGUAA